UCUCUGUGUGAGCUUUUCUUGUACUGUUUUCGUGUUCUCGUUGCCUUGCUCUGCUUUUUCCAAGUUGUUAUAUUUAAUAUUUCUUCACUCUUUUUAAAACAUCUUACAAUUUAAAGCUGCAACGGAAUCCCCCAUAUACAUAAAGUGUGUGCGCAGGAUAAGAGGUUGCACACUCUUCUCCUUUUUUAACACAAACACAGAGAGAGAGAGAGAGAGAGAGAGAGAGGCUUUUAGUUUUUUGUUUUCUUUUUGGUGUCGUUGAUUGAGAGAGGGGAGGGAGGCAUAGGAGGGAAUCAGUGUGAUAAGUGGGUGGGGGGAUUCAUCGAAAGGUCGGUUUCUUUUGGAAGAUAAAAAUAAGUACUUGAUUAUAAUACAGAAGAGGGCCACUCAUGCUUCGGUCCGCGUGCUUUGAUUCGAACUGAUGGGUUUUUUUCUUUCCUUUUCUUUGUGCCCCGAAGCCCCACCUCUAAGAUUUGCAGUCCCUUUUUGCAGUUUUUGUUCCUUGAUUUUGGAUUCUUGGGGGGUGGGGACUCGUCUGCUAUGCUUUUGUGCCCGAUUGGACUAUUUGUUUUUCUCGGAGAACAUCUAAUUCUGAAACGUGGGUCGAGGGUAAUUUCCCAUCUUUCUCGAGGAAAAGUUAUGAGGGAAGAAGGAGGGUCAGAGAAAAUUCUUCGACUUGUUCUAGAUGAGGAAUAAGAAUUUGCUUCUUGGAAUUAAAAUGGGUUUUGGAGUUUGAGGUUCUGGGGUGUUGCAUAAUUGCAUUGGAGGUGUUACAGGUGUACAUGGGGCACUCAUGAUGGCUUCUGUUGAAGAGAAAAUCAGAGCUGGAGGGUUGAUUAGUGGGGCAAAUACAAGUCUGCUCGAGGGGAUGAAGUUCUUAAAAGAAAUGCAGGAUCAAUCUGGUGCCAGGAAGGCUAUAAACUCUGAGUUAUGGCACGCCUGCGCCGGCCCCCUUGUUUCAUUGCCUCAGGUGGGGAGUCUGGUUUACUACUUCCCUCAAGGUCAUAGCGAGCAGGUAGCUGCUUCCACUAAACGGACAGUAACCUCACAAAUUCCCAACUAUCCUAAUCUGCCUUCCCAGUUGAUGUGCCAAGUUCAAAAUGUCACUUUACAUGCAGACAAAGAUACGGAUGAAAUAUUUGCUCAAAUGAGUCUUCAACCAGUCAACUCUGAAAAAGAUGUCUUCCCUGUUCCAGACUUUGGACUAAAGCCCAGCAAACAUCCAAGUGAGUUUUUCUGCAAAACUUUAACUGCAAGUGAUACAAGCACACAUGGUGGCUUUUCAGUACCACGCAGGGCAGCAGAAAAGCUCUUUCCUCCUUUGGAUUAUACAGUGCAACCACCAAUGCAGGAACUUGUCGUUCAGGACUUGCAUGAUAACACAUGGACAUUCCGCCACAUAUACCGCGGCCAACCCAAGCGACACCUUCUCACAACUGGAUGGAGUUUGUUUGUUGGUGCCAAAAGACUUAAAGCAGGUGAUGCUGUCCUGUUUAUCAGGGGUGAAAAGUCACAGUUAUUGGUUGGUGUGAGGCGUGCCAACCGACAGCAAACAACAUUACCGUCAUCAGUUCUAUCUGCUGAUAGCAUGCACAUUGGUGUCCUUGCUGCUGCAGCUCAUGCUGCUGCUAACCGAAGCCCAUUCACAAUAUUCUACAACCCAAGGUUUUUACUUGAUGUGCUAUCUUUUCCAUAUAUUUGUUUCUUUUGCCCACUCUUUUCUGGAUCUUGUCUCUGCUUCUUGACCUUGCCAUGCUUUCUUCUUAUUUGUAGGGCAUGUCCUUCAGAAUUUGUCAUUCAUUUGGUUAGAUUCCGUAAAUCUGUCUAUGGAACUCAACUGUCGGUUGGCAUGAGGUUUGGGAUGAUGUUUGAAACAGAGGAGUCGAGUAAACGGAGGUAUAUGGGUACAAUAGUUGGCAUUAGUGACUUAGAUCCACUGAGGUGGCCUGGUUCAAAGUGGAGAAAUCUUCAGGUGGAGUGGGAUGAGCCUGGGUGUUGUGAUAAACAGAAUAGGGUUAGUCCAUGGGAAGUAGAGACUCCUGAAAGUCUUUUCAUUUUUCCUUCUCUCACUUCAGGUCUCAAACGACCACUACAUGCUGGAUUUUUGGGAACAGAAACUGAAUGGGGACAUUUGGUUAAAAGACCCCUUGUCCAGGUUCCUGAAAAUGGAAAUGGGGAUCUCUCAUACUCGAUAUCUAAUAUGUGCUCAGAAAAUCUGAUCAAGAUGCUAAUGAAACCUCAACUUAUGAGCCAUCCUGGUAACUUUUUGUCUACUCUACAGCAAGAAUCUGCUACGAAGUUGGAUCCAUUACAGGAUGUGAAGACCAUGCAUGGCACAACCCACCAAAAAUCUCAGCUUAUCUCAUCAGAGGGUACAUAUCCAAUUCAGCCUCAGUCAUGCCUUGACCAACAUGAUGUCAUUAACUCAAAUUCCUCAUCGAAACCAAUUCUUUCCGGAAAAUUGAAUUAUGUACCUGAAUUUGAAAACCGAACACCGGCCGGAGUUAAUACUGAAAAGCCAAGUUUAGAACCUGAGGUUUCAACAGAUGAGUUAAGCCAGUUGACUUCAACAGGUGAUUGCAACGAGGAAAAACCAGCGGCGUGCCCCGUCAGUCUUCAGAACCCUGUAAACCAGCCCACACUCAUUAACCAGAGCCAGGACUCAUUGCAACCACAAACGAGUUCGUGGCCUAUGCAGCCGCAAUUCGAAUCAUUGAUCUACCAUUCCCAACAACUUGAUGUCCAACAAUCUGAUUGUUCCAAUCUAAAUGGCUUACUUCCAUCCCUAGACCCUGAUGAAUGGAAAUUUUAUCCGUCUUGCCAACCCCUUGGCGGAAUGUUUAGAUCGCCUGGACCUUUAUCCGUGUUUGGAUUGCAAGACCCUUCAGCAUUGUUUCCUGAAGCAGUUAAUCCCCCCUUGCCUUCUAUGGGUCAGGAAAUCUGGGAUCAUCAACUUAAUAAUUUAAACAUUUUAUCCCAAGCUGAUCAGCUCACUGCAUUUUCUCAUCAAGACCCAUGUAACAACAUAUCAAAUGGUUUAAGAGAUUUGUCAGAUGAGAGCUACAACCAAAGUGGGAUUUACAGUUGUGCUAAUGUUGAUGUUAAUAAUGGUGGGAGUGCUGUGGUAGAUCCUUCUGUUUCAAGCGCCAUUCUGGAUGAUCUAUGUAUGGUGAAGAAUGCCAAUUUCCAUAAUCCCUCCGAUUAUUUAGUAGGCAACUUCAGUUCAUGUCAGGAUGUUCAAUCCCAGAUUACCAAUACAAGCCUAGGAGACUCCCAGGCUUUCUCCCGGCAGGACAUCCUAGACAACUCAGGAGGUACAUCUUCAAGCAAUGUGGAUUUUGACGAGGGCAGUCUUCUGCAGAAUAGCUCAUGGCAGCCAGCAGUUCCACCUGUGCGAACCUUCACAAAGGUUCAGAAGAAAGGAUCUGUUGGGAGGUCAAUUGAUGUAACUGGUUUUAAAAAUUAUGAUGAACUAUGUUAUGCAAUUGAGUGCAUGUUUGGACUUGAAGGGCUACUCAAUGACCCCAGAGGUUCAGGGUGGAAAUUGGUGUAUGUGGAUUUUGAGAAUGAUGUUCUACUUGUUGGGGAUGAUCCUUGGGAGCAAUUUGUUCGAUGUGUUCGCUGCAUCAAAAUCUUAUCUCCUUCAGAAGUUCAGAAGAUGAGUGAAGAGGGUAUGAAGCUUCUAAAUAGUGCUGCAAUGCAAGGGUAGCUGCAAUGAUUGGGGGCACUUCUCAGCUUCUUUGGGUCUGAAAUAUUCUUGUCCCUAUAAUUAAUAUGAUCUCGAUCAUGUGCACUUAAUGUGGCUACAUUUUUACUUGCUUUUUCCUUGUAAAGGUGCCAUGUGCUCUGUUUGACUUUAGUCGCAUUUGUAAGAACAUGAAAGUAGAUGAGGAUCCAUUCUAGUAUAAUAGAGCUUAUGUUU